UCUCUUUACCACUCUCUUUCUCCCCUUCAUCUCACCUCCAGCUAGCUGGUGCUCCCUCCUCCUCCUCUUUGAUUGUUCACCCCCCCCACUCUUGAGUCCACUUUUUCUCCCUCUCUUUCUCUCUAUCUUUAAACCUCUCACACUCGCUCUGUCGUCUCUUAUCUCUCUUUCUCUUCCCUUCCAUCUCUUUCUCUCUCUGUCCUCCACUUCUCUCCAGCCUCCAGAAGCUCGCCAGCUUGCCGCACUUCACCCAAGAGAGGACGUAGACCUUGUCACAGAAGUCAAGAUGGCAAUGAGCAGCAUCCUCAACGCUGAUGACAUCAAGAAAGCUCUUGAUGCCUUCGCAGUUGCUGACUCUUUUGAUCAUAAGAAGUUCUUUGAGAUCCUGGGUCUGAGGGCCAAGUCUGCCGAUGAUGUGAAGAAGGUUUUCACGGUGCUGGAUGCCGACAACAGCGGCUACAUAGAGGAAGAAGAGCUCAAAUUCGUCCUGAAAGGUUUUGCCAAGGACGGCCGGGACCUGACGGACAAAGAAACCAAAGCCUUUUUAAAAGCAGCUGACAAGGAUGGCGACGGAAAGAUUGGAGUUGAUG